AUGAAGCUCAACGACAUGAAGGUUAACGUCGAACCGUCAGAGGGAAAUUUCCCGGCCACCGGAGGAAACGCCGUUCAUCACAUCGUCUCGCUCACCGAUAUCCGUCUGGCUUUCAAGGUAAAGUCAUCGAACAACAAUGACUAUCGAGUGCGUCCGGUGUACGGCUUUGUGGCCCCGCAUGGAUACACGGCGCUCGAGCUCUUGCGAAGCAACGGGCCACCAAAGGACAACGAUAAACUUGUCAUCCAAUGGGCUGAGGUUCCCGAAGAGGAGACCGAUCCGACGGCUCCUUUCAGGUACGAGGCACAAGCCGGCGAAGUGAUCCUCCCACUCAGGGCCGAA